UGUGUGUUGUUACUUCCGGUUUAUAUAAAAACUCGUUUAUAACAUUUUUGUUGGCGUGCAUCGGUACAAAAACCAACAAAAAUGUGGUUUGAUGCAGCGGCAGAGGUGUUGGAGAUGUUCAAGAGUAGUUUUCCUUUUUCUUUUCUGUUUUUCGUUCCAAUUUUUAUUCUGAUUUCACCAGUUAGCCCAGCAAAUGCAGCCCAAGAAUUCACAGUUUUUAGAAUGCAACAAUUUGACCUCCAAGGAUCAUCUUAUGGAUGUCGUAACUCUCUCGUAAAUAUGGAGGUGCGUCCCAUGGAUGCCAAGAUGUUGACAAGACGGUGUGUGGUGGCUCAGCUGCGCGAGGUGACGAUGCCCAAGUUCCGAGACUUGUUGACACAGAACGCUGGAGCUCUGCUCAUUCUCCUGCCCGAGAUUCUUUCCGAUCUCACAGACGAAGAGAAAAAGCAUCUUCAGUCACUGGAGCGUGAUCUCCUGUCAGAAGAGACGAGCUUGCCUGUCUACUUCCUGUACGAGACUCCGGUAUUGAGGGAUAUCUACAACGAUAUCCAGCUAGGAGGCUCCGGGGACCAGGCACCAACAGCUUGGGAAGCUUUGCUUGGAGCUGCUACAGCGAAUGGUUUCCAGAUGUAUGUCAAUGGGCCGCAAGCCAAGUCUAUGCCAGAUUUUCAGAUAGUCACUCUACAGGGACACUUGUCGGGAAAGGGUAUUGAAGAACAGCUGCCAACUGUGAUUGUUGCUGCUCAUUACGAUGCAUCAGGCAUCGCUCCGGGUAUGUCAUUCGGGGCUGAUUCCAAUGGCAGUGGCGUGAUAGCGUUGAUUGAACUGGCACGCUUGUUUUCAAAGCUGUACACCAACUCACGGACACAUGCCAAAUAUAAUUUAGUCUUUUUGCUGACGGGAGCUGGCAAGUUCAACUAUCAGGGAACCAAAAAGUGGAUCGAGGACAACUUUGAGAAUCAGGAAAGCAGCCUGAUGUUGGACGUGGCGUAUGUCUUGUGUCUGGACACCAUUGGUUCCACAGACCAGCUGCGACUCCAUGUCUCUAAGCCACCCAAGGAAGAGAGUGCUGGUGGGAUAUUCCUAAAGCACUUGGAGGAAAUAACCAAAUCUCACUUCCCGGAGGUGGAGUUUAAACUCGUGCACAAGAAGAUCAAUCUUGCUGAUGAGAUGUUGGCGUGGGAACACGAGCGAUUCAGCAUCAAGCGACUUCCGGCCUUCACUCUGUCCAGACUGGACACCCACAAGUCUCCGGAGCGAGCAUCCAUACUCGAUACCAAAGAACAAGUUAGUUUGCCGAAACUGAGAAGGAACAUUCAGAUUUUGGCUGAAACGAUGGCCCGACACAUCUACAACUUGUCAACACAAGGCACAUUCAAGCUUUUCACAGAGGGUCUGGAAAUAAUUGAGUCCUCUCAGACAGCAUGGCUCGAGUUUUUGACAAAUCAGUCGAUGGCAGCUUCUCUGUUACCAAAAACCAGUCCGAUCCUGGCUACUCUGGAAGAGUCGAUGUCGCACUAUCUGAAGGAUGUUAAAAAGACAACUCUCAAAGCAGACAAGAGAGACCCAGAAUUUAUGUUCUAUGAUGGAGCUAUAUACACAAUGACGUCUUACAACGUGAAGCCCGCUGUGUUUGACCUGUUCCUCGCCAGCGGUAUUGCAGUGUAUCUAGCUGUCAUCUACCUCAUGGCACAGAAUUUUUAUUUAGUGUAUGGAGGUUUGAGAAAGUUGAUGGGCCCAGUGAAGAGUAAAGCCAGCUAAUCCAAGGAUCAAAGUAAGACUACAAUAAGAAGCAGUGACACAGAAGUGUUUUGUAUGAUGAGUGAAAGACGCCACACAGAUACCUAGUUCAUUUCCCGUCGGUAUUCUGCCAGAUACUGAAAAAAUGUUCAACUAAAACAAAACAAUACUGUGUGGUGUGUGGAGAUUUUUAUACUUUUAGAUUUUCCCAUGUGCCCGUCAUAAUGCACUGACACUGCCCACCAUCCAUUGGAUGGAUAUUGAUGGGAAUGUUUGCAAAUAGAAACACUUACCCGCCAAUUAUUUAUCUUGUGUUUGAUGAAUUCCACAAUGCUUGGUUUAAAAAAAAAUGCAUAUCUCAUUUACAAGACGUGUGUGUAGACGUGACUUAUCUUAAGACUGUUCAUAAAAUGAUCACUAGGUUGCACUGGUUAUAGGUGUAAUGAUAUGGCAAUACAUUGCAUCGACUUAGGGGCAGCUGUAUCGCAAUUCAUAGGAUUCAUUUUCAUUUAUUUAUUUAUAAUUAAAUUUCCGUUAUAUUCAUAAAAAUUUAGUGUCAUCACGUUGGUCCAGCCAUAACAAUGCAAGUUUGUUAAUUCCUCAUAUGUGAUGACCUCACUUUAUAUUGAUGCGCUUGUCUUACUGAGCUUUUUAUGUUUCACAACUAAAAAAUUGAAAAUAAAAUGUGAACUUUUA